UUCGCAGCACAACAACAGUUCUUUUCGUUAUUUUCCUCAGUAUUAAGUAAAUGAUAAAUUUUGAAAAUGUGAGGAAUUGGCCAUAUUUUAAUUUUAGGCAUAUGUCUUGUGGAGCAAAUUAUUCCUAAAUGAUACUUUAAACCCAUCGGCCGAAUUAAAUUUUUAACGGUAUAAAAAUUAAUAUUUUAAACAGUAUUUUAUUGAAAACAUCAAGAUGACAGAAUCGUCCGUUCGGGUUGCUGUUCGAAUACGGCCUCAAAUGCCAAGUGAGGUAUUUGAUAUGUGUCAUGUCUGUACAACAGUUACACCUGGAGAGCCUCAAGUAUGGUUAGGUAAUGAUAAAGCAUUUACUUUUGAUCAUGUUUUUAACAUGAAUACUUCUCAAGACAUAGUUUACACUUCAUGCAUUCAAGACUUGUUGGAUGGAUGUUUCAAUGGUUAUAAUGCCACAAUUCUUGCAUAUGGUCAGACUGGCUCUGGCAAAACAUAUACAAUGGGAACUGGAUUUGAUAUGUCUGCCAAUGAGGAAGAAAUUGGAAUCAUUCCGAGAGCUGUGAACCAGUUAUUCAAUGGUAUUGCCAAAUUACAAAAUGAAGCCCAAAACAAGAAAAUUACUCCUCCUGAAUUCAAGGUUACUGCACAAUUUAUGGAGCUUUAUAAUGAAGAAGUAAUUGAUUUGUUAGAUCCUGUUGGUGAAGGAGAAGAACGAGGGAAGAAAUCUAAUGUGAAAAUUCAUGAAGAUUCUAAUGGACAAAUAAUCACAGUUGGCUUAACAUCUCGUUCAGUUUCUUCUGCGAGUGAAGCUCUCCAGUGCCUCAAAAUAGGCGCACUUUCUCGUACAACUGCAAGCACUAAAAUGAAUGUCCAAUCAUCCAGAUCACAUGCAGUUUUCACCUUGCAUAUUAAACAGCAAAGACUAGUACAGUUUGAGUCUUCUGAGAAUGGUUCUCUAGAAAUGGAAUCUUUAGAAGAUUUUGACACUUUGACCUCUAAGUUGCAUUUUGUAGAUUUAGCUGGGUCUGAAAGGCUUAAACGAACUGGGGCAACUGGUGAAAGAGCUAGAGAAGGCAUUUCUAUAAAUUGUGGUUUGUUAGCACUGGGAAAUGUCAUAUCAGCAUUAGGUGACAAAACUAAAAGAGCUACUCAUGUUCCAUAUAGGGAUUCAAAACUCACUAGACUUUUGCAAGAUUCUUUAGGUGGAAAUAGCCAGACGUUAAUGAUUGCUUGCAUUUCUCCAUCUGAUCGAGAUUUUAUGGAGACUUUAAAUACUCUGAAAUAUGCCAACAGAGCUAAAAAUAUUCGUAAUAAAAUCAGUAUCAAUCAGGAUAAAUCUAGUCAAACUAUAUCAUCUCUUCGAAGAGAAAUCCAGCAACUUCAGCUUGAAUUGAUGGAGUAUAAACAGGGAAAACGUGUUAUUGGAGAUGAUGGAGAAGAGCAUGUUAAUGACAUGUUUCAUGAAAAUAUGAUUCUUGUAUCAGAAAAUAAUAAUCUUCGAUCACGCUUGAAAGCACUUCAAGAAACUCUGGAUCAUCAGACUGAAAGAAUAACUGAACUUCUUGCUGAAAAAGCCGCAGGGAAUUGGAUAACAUCAGGAGAAAAAGCAUCACAAUCAGAUAUAACAGAACUAAUAAAAGGAUAUAUGAAAGAAAUUGAAGAUUUAAGGGUAAAACUUUUAGAAGCAGAAGAAAUGUGUUCUCAGUUACACAAGCAACUUCAAAGGUGUCAGUCUAGAAAUACAAUGAUGAGUUCUCCAAUUUUAAAUGCCAAUUUCAAUUCUCUGGAUGAUGGUGCACAGUCACCAUAUGAUAUUCUGCGUGAAGCAAAACAAGAAGUUAAAAUGUUGACAAAACAUGCAAAAGCAUUGGAAAAAGAAAAAUCUGAUGAGAAUGGAAGUAAGGAAGAUUUAAAGAAUGAAAAUGAUGAUGAGAAAGAAAAAGAUGAUACCCCAAAACAGGAUAAAGAAAAUGAAGACUUAAUGAAUGGUGAAGUAGAUGAAGAUGAAGGAGAAGAUGAAAGUUCUGAUGAAUCUGACUCGGAUGAAAAAACUGCUGCAGACACCUGUGAUUUAGCUCAGCUUACUCAUGAUAUAUCAAUCAAACAAAAGCUGAUUGAGGCUCUUGAGCAAAGUCAACAACGGUUGCGUUUAAUGAGACGCCAUUAUGAAGAAAAGCUCCUGCAACUAGAAACAAAAAUCAAAGAAACGGAAAUUGAAAGAGACCGUGUUCUUGCUAGUUUAAGUGGUAACAAAGAAAAUAAAUCAGAAGAAAAGGUUAAAAAAGUAAAAGAAGAAUUUAGUAAAAAAUUGGGUGCAUUACAGUCUGAGUUAAAGAAGAUGCAAGUGAUAAAAAAAGAACAUGUUCAAGCAAUGAGAAAUCAAGCUCAAUCUGAAAGACAAAUUCAACAGUUGAAGAAUGACGUUGCAGAGAUGAAAAAAGCAAAGGUGCGACUGAUUAACAAAAUGAAAGAAGAUAGCAAGCAUCAUUUGAUGACUGAACAAAGAAGAAAUCGAGAAAUAGCUCAGCUGAAAAAACAAAGUCGUAUGAAGGAAAACCAAAUUCGUACACUUGAAGCAGAAAAAAGAAUGAAAGAAAAUGUUCUAAAACGAAAACAAGAAGAAAUAAUGGCCUUAAGAAAAUCGGCUAAGCCUAUGUCUGAUCGAGUAGCUGGCAGAGUUUCACAGUCAAAGGAUAGCACUUUCAUUAUUCGCAGAAGGCAGUUAGCAUCACCUAAAGCUGCAAAGCUCCGGUGGCAGAGUCUUGAAAAAAGUAUCAAUCAACUUGUUAUUAACAGGCAAAGUGUCAACAAUACUGAAAGAGAUAUGGAAAGAUAUUUAAAGGAAAGAGAAAGAUUAAACAAAAAAUUAGAAAUUUUGAAACAAAAAAGAGAAACUGCUGUUUUAGAUAAAAAGAGUCAAGAUAUUAUACAAAGUUAUGACGAUGACAUUGAAACUUUAAAAGCAACAAUUGAUUAUUGUCAAGAAAAUAUUUCUGAGUGCCAAAGUACUAUUGUUCAAAUGGAAGAAACAAAAGAAGAUAUUGAUCUUCAGGAUGUAGAAAAAUUUGUUGCAAACCUUGGUACACAGGAAGCCAAAUACUUUUUAGCCAAGUCAAUUAAUAUGGCAAUCAAUCAGACAUUUCAAGUAGUUCAAAGAGAAACAGAAAUGAAAGAACUUGAAGCGAAAUUGAGAGAGUCAAAUAAUAAUCAUAAUAUAUAUUUGCAAUUUUUGGAACGUCUUGUUGAAGAUGGAAAUACUGAUGUUCUAAAUUAUAUUACUGCAAAUGAUGAUCAAGUGUCGUGGAGUCAAUGCAGCAGUAGGUCUAGUUCGCCUGUGGACAGUAGUGUAUCAGAAGCUUUCCAUCCAGCAUCUGACUGUUCAAAGAGCAAAAAACGUCGCAAGAAAACAGGCCUUCCAUCAGAAUUUCAAUCCAUUGAAUCUCAACCAGCUACUCUAGCACCUGCUGAUUCAUGUCCAUCAGUUGCUGAGCCACCAGAAAAGCCAGCAAUAUCUAGACUUGCUUGGUCAUUUGGACCUGCUUUGAAAGAUGAACUUGAUUUAGAUAAAACCUUAACAGGCUCUCCAACUCAAGUAGAAGAACGUGGAAUAGUUAGAGUAACUAGUGCUCCAACUUCUCUUCAAGAUAUGGUGUAUGGUCGGAAAGCAGAAAAAUCUCCAUUAUUAAAACGAAGAAGUCGUGAAAAACAUGUGGCCGAUUUUUCUCCUGCAUUUAAUCGAAAGUUUUACUCAAAUGCUAGUGUCAUUCCACUUCCUUCAUUGUCACGCCAAAGUUCAACUGAAACAACAGUGUCUGAUACUACUCCUCCAAAUUCUCCCUCAGCAUCACGCAAAGCACGUGAAGAUAGUAAUGUAUUUAGUCGUUUAACUAGUGGAUCAUUUAGGUUGAACAAGCCUGGUAGUGGAGUUAUUUUGCCAUUUUCAUCCAAGAUGAAUCUAAUUAAAAGUUCUCCACUUAUUUGUACACAUACUGCUGAAGGCCACAGUAGAGCCAUUUUAUCUCUGCAUGCAACUGAUGAUGUCCUAUUCAGUGGUUCAAAAGACCGUACAGUUAAAAUCUGGGAUUUGGUUACGGGUAAAGAAAUACAAAGUCUAGGCGGACAUCCUAAUAAUGUAGUUUCAGUGCGUUAUAGCGAGUAUUCCCGAUUAGCCUUCAGUGUCUCCACAGCAUUUGUUAAAGUUUGGGAUGUUCGAGAAAAUCCAGCCAAAUGUGUCCAAACACUCAGUUCGUCUGGUGCUUCAAAUUCUGGAACACCUGCCUUGAAUACACCGUCCAGGACUUUAUUAAUGCCUCAAGGUGAACAUCAGAUAAACGAUAUUGCCCUUAACCGUUAUGGUACCACAUUAUUUUCUGCUGCUAGUAAUGUCGUUCGAAUAUGGGAUUUAAGAAUGUAUAAAGCAGUUGGCAAAUUGAGUGGAAGUCAUCAAGCUGCUAUCAUGUGUUUGGCGGUAGAUAAUGAUGGAUCUGAUAAAAAUAUUGUUGUUACAGGUUCAAAAGAUCAUUACAUUAAGGUUUUUGAAGUUACAGAAGGCACAGGUGGUUUGCAUCUUGCAAAAACUAAUUUAAAACCUCCUCAUUAUGAUGGUAUACAGUCUCUUGCAAUUAAUGGAAACUUUUUAUUCUCUGGAUCAAGGGACAUGUGUAUCAAGAAAUGGAGCCUCAAAAAUGGAAAUCUUAUUCAGUCUCUUAAUCAAGCACACAAAGAUUGGAUAUGUGCACUGAAUUUUCUUUCUAAUAAUUCUGUGUUAUUGAGUGGAUGCAGAGGUGGCUACUUGAAACUGUGGGCCACAGAAACAACACAACUUCUUGGGGAAAUCAAGGCACAUAGCGCUCCAAUAAAUGCUAUUUCAUCUAACAGUUCAUGUACUUUCACAGCUUCUAGCGACUGUACCAUUGGUAUUUGGAGGUUGAAAAACAAUAAUGAUCUCUCUCCAGAUAACAAUGAUCUGCCGGAAAUGUGAAGCAAUUCAAAAGUCUUGUGCCUGUGAUGAAAUUGUAUUAGUCAUCUAUAGUGCAUUUAGCCCUUAUUUUUUCAAGCUUAAUGUUUUAAUAAGGUCUGCAAUUCUACAACCAUCCUUGGGCAGCUUAAUGAUUCACUCUCAUUUUGCUCUAUAGUUAUUAUUGUAUUCAAUGUGUCAUUAACAGUAUUGAAUUGAAUGGAUGUUUUUGAGUUAAUUUUAUACUACAUUCAUCCUCAACCCAGUGAUCUUUGACUCUAGUUUUUGAGUAUUACUUUAGGUUAGUGAUUUUAUGUUACUUUUACGCAUUUUGGUGGUUUUUAAUUGCACAUUUUUAAUAAUUUUUAUGCGUGUGACACAAUUAGUUGUUACCUGAAAUAUUUGGUGAAGGUUGUGAAUAUUUAUGAUUCGGUUUUUAUACUGUGUAAAUACUCUUGAAAGCUUUUAUUUAUUUGUGUAUAUAUUAUUUUAUUAAAAUUUUUCAAAGCUGUUAAUUUUUUUUUUCUAUUUAGUGAUCCUUUCAUAUUUAGAAGUUUUAAAAGAUUUGAUUAGUAUAUUUUUUUUUAUCUAAUUUGGUUUAUUCAAAGCCUUUAAGUUGAGAGUUAUUCUAUUUUAUUGUAGUGCUUAUUCUUAGGGCAUUUACUACAACCUAAAGGAAGACAUUGUAGAUUAAAAACUGCUAUCAAGGCAUUUAAAAUAUAAUUUAAAGCAUUUAAUAAUGUUUUUAAUCUUAAUGAAAUAUGGGAGUACCUGAUUAAAGAUAUAUCAAUUAUAUUUAUUUCGUGCUUGCAUAAAUAUUUUUAUGAACGAGAAAUAAAUUAUUUUGUUAA